AUGGACAGCUCUCCCGCCUCGCCUUUGGCCCCCAGGGAUCCCAGCUCCCCUGAAUCUUCGAUCGGCGAACAAAUCGCCACUCUACAGGCCCAGCUUGCCGCUCUGCAGGCCUCGCAACCCGCCGCCGCCGCAGCCGCCGCACCCCCGGCCGUCACCGUCGUGCCGGGGAACGCCGCCACCGCAUCCAAGGUCGUGUUUCCCAAGCACGCUCGUCUGGACGGCCCCAAGUCGUUCACCAACUGGUUGCGUCAACUCCGUCUUGCACUCCCGAACCAGGUUCGUGGUUACGUUCUCGACGGUGUCGUUCCCCCGACCUGGACCGCCGACCAGCUUGCCGCACGUGACGACGCCGCCCGGGAAAUCAUCGUUGGCUCUAUCGACUCCGCCGACGUAUCGGCCACCCUCGACGCCAUCCCCAGCGACGACCUGUCGGCACCGCGCAUCUUUGCCGCUCUCAAGGCUCGUUUUGCACCGGACGACGCUACACGCACUCUCGAGUUGUUCGCUCGCCUUUGGGACUUCAGGAAGAUGCCUGCCUCCGUCGAGGCCUACGACACUUGGCUACGCGAGUACAUGUCGAUUGCUCAGGAAAUACGCGACGCCAAAACAUCGCUCAACGACGUGCUCGCCACCCACGUGCUCGCCAUGGUCCCGUCUUGCCUCGACAGCUUCCGACUCACGUUCACGGACGAGCAGCGAAACCGACGCGACCUUCCCGAACUCACGACGCUUACGGACCGCAUUCGCAUCCAGCUUCGUUCGGCAGGACUCUCGACCUCGCAUUCGGCCAUGCUUGCCACCAGCUCCCCCUGCCCCGCCUGCCGCGCUCCCGGUCACCGCCUGCGCGACUGCACUUCACGUGCGAAGCACCCGCCCACCGGCCCCUGCCGCCGAUGCCACAAGAAAGGUCACUGGGCACUCGACUGCAAGAACCGGGGUGAACAGGCACGUAGCAGCGACGACACCCAGGACGACACGUCUUCCUCCGCGGCCUCGCAACCGAACGUCGGCUAUUUCGCCUCCUGCCUCUUCGCUCGUCGCCAACUCCCAACUGACGCCUUUGUAGUCGAUUCGGGUGCCACGACACACAUGGUCGCCGACCGAUCUCUAUUCACGACUUAUCGUCAGACGGCACACACCAAGAUCGGCGGCAUCGCGGGCGGCAUCACGGCUAUCGGCAUGGGGGACGUGGCAUUCGUCGCCAAGACUGGACACCCGAUCACGCUCCGUGGUGUUCUUCACACGCCUGGCCUACACGUCAACCUCCUCUCUGUCUCUCGCCUCUGCGACACCGACCGCGUUCGUCUCGCCUUCACCAGCGACGGCAUCGACAUCGCCAAGGACGGCCGGGCCAUUGCUCACGGUACCAGGGUCAACGACGGUCUUUACCUUUUGGACGCGGAUCACACCAAGUGUCAGCAUCUUGCCUUCCUCUCACGCUCUGAGUCUCCCGUGCCCCUGCUUACCCUACACCGCUGCCUCGGCCAUCUUGCCCCAUCCUCUAUACAGAAGAUGAUUGCUGCAGGUUUGCUGGACGGGUUUGGGGCCGGGUACAGUGACAAAGACGUAGAGGAGUUUGUUUGCAAUGCUUGCCUUGGUUCCAAAGGUCACCGCCUUCCCUUUCCCGACUCUGAGUCGCAUUCCGCCGAGAGACUUGGCCUCGUGCACAGCGACGUCCUGUCGUUCCCCACUCCGUCCUUGACCGGGAAGCGCUACCUUGUCACGUUUCUAGACGACCACUCUCGCAAACUCUGGGCAUAUGCGAUCGAUCACAAAAGCGAUGUUUUCCCGACCUUCCAGACUUGGCUCGCCGAAGUGGAGUUAGAGACGAACGCGCGGUUGAGGAUCCUUCGAACCGACAAUGGCGGGGAGUACCGAUCAAACGCAUUCACGGAGUUCUGCAAAUCCAAGGGCAUUCGUCGUCAAUACUCUAUCCCUUACACGCCUCAACAAAACGGUCGCGCCGAACGUGUCAACCUCUCCAUCGUCGAGGGCGUCCUCGCUCUCCUUGCGGACGCCCGUCUGCCGGCCACCUUUUGGGAUGAAGCGGCUGCGUAUUUCGUUUAUUGCAAAAACAGGUGCUCACACUCAGCUUUGGCCAAACAGACUCCAGAAUCCGUUUGGAACGGCCAACGCACCACCGCCACCGCCCUCCACCCGUUCGGCUGCACAGCCUGGCUCACGGUCGCCCCGGACCUUCGCAGCAAGCUCGACCCCAAGGCCGCGCGCGUGAUCUUCACAGGUUACGACCUCGCCUCCAAAGCUUUCCGUUUCUUUGACCAUUCCAUCAACAAGAUUGUACUUGGUCGCAAUGCCACCUUCCUCGACGACGACUUCCCCGGCCUGCCAGUCACCACGCCCGUCGAUGCAGACGACACCGACCGUCAGUUCGUCGUUCCCGCCGACACGCCCGCCCCUGCCGUCAAGACGAGGACCCCACUAGUAAGGUCGGCGCACAUGGACGUCUCAUCCUCCCUUGAUGAUUCUGCCAUGAGCGCCGUUGACGUGGCCCCAGGGUACACUGGCGGAACCUUACUUAAUUCCACAGAUACCGAAUCGUCCUCGUCACCGUCUCCUGAGCCGUCCUCGUCACCGUCGCCCACAAACCCUUUGUCACCGUCGCCUGCGCUGUCACCGUCGUUGGCAGCGUCAUCGUCACCCUCGGUCUCACCGACCGACUCUGACUACUCCGCCGACCCUCUGGACCUCAUCGGCUCACAGACCCCGACUCGCCUUGGCCCACCGGACGUGCACCGCCCAGACUUCAGCACGUACCGUGAGCCCGCAUCGGCUGAGGAGUCGCCCGACGAACUCGACAUCAUUGGGCGUCACUCGCGCGAUGAAUCGCCGGAUGAAAUCGAUUUCCUCACCCAACACCACCGCGCCUUCAUCGCCACAGACGACGACGACCCCACCCUCGACGCCAUCGAGCCCGUCAAAUCGAUCACUAGCGACCCCAGACCUGGCGCGAAGCAAUGUCCAGCGACGAGCACAACAUCUGGGCUGAGGCCGCCGCCGCCGAGUUCACCGCCAUGCGCGACGACUUCAAGGUGUUCACCAUCGAGCCUCGCUCAUCUGUACCGCCGGGCGCCACCAUCGUCACCUCCAAAUUCGUCUGGAAGACCAAGCGCAACGCAAGCGGUGAAGUCACGGGGCGGAAGGCACGUCUUGUAGCGCAGGGUAACCGACAGCGCGACGGCAUCGACUUCUCAGAAACCUUCGCACCCGUCGCCCGUUUCUCCUCCAUUCGCUGCCUCCUGGCUCUUGCCGCUGCCAAUGGCUACCACGUUCAUCAGGCCGACAUCGACAAGGCUUACCUCCACGGCGAGCUCGAUCAUGAUAUCUGGAUGACGACACCACGCGGUUUCGACUUCCCGAGCGAUAAGGUUCUCCGGCUGCGACGCUCAAUCUACGGUCUCAAGCAGGCCGGUCGCAUCUGGAAUCGUCACAUUGACACAUCACUCAGGAAUCUGGGGUACAAGGCAACAGGCACUGAUCACUGCAUUUACUCUCGCAUUGACGAUCAGCAGCGGCCUCACUAUAUCGCCUUGUAUGUCGACGACCUCCUCAUUGUCAGUCCAGCCCUCGACGAGAUCGAACGUGUCAUCUCCGGCCUUGAACAGCGGUACGGCGUCAAACGACUCGGCCCCGCGGAGUACAUCCUCGGAAUCCAAAUACGCCGCCUGGACGACGGUUCCAUUGCUCUAUCCCAGGAGCGCUACAUCAUGGACGUGCUGGCCCGUUUCCACUUCGACACCACGACACGCGGCACUACGGUGCCGAUGACGCCCGGCCUCUCGCUCACGGCAAUUCCGGGUCAGGGAACGGAGCGCAUUCGUUCGUGGUACCUACAGGCCAUCGGCUCCCUCCUCUACAUCUCCCUUGGCACUCGACCCGACAUUGCCUUCGCCGUCUCGUACCUGUCCCGGUUCGCCAACAACCCCGGCCGCCGCCAUUGGAUUGCCGUCAAACACGUCCUUCGCUACCUUCGCGCCACGUACCGCGAUGAGCUUCUCUAUGCCCGCGGCCCAGCAAAAGUCACGGGUGUGGUUGGUUAUUCUGAUGCGAACUGGGGCGCCUGCGUCGACACAUCCAUUUCAACGAUGGGCUACGUAUUUUACUUGGCAGGCGCCGCUGUCUCUUGGUCGUCGAAGCGUCAGACUCGGGUAGCGGAUUCCACCACUGAUGCCGAGUACCUGGCCUUGUCGCACGCGGGUAAGGAAGCGAUCUACCUUAACCAACUCCUCUCCGAGCUCCACGUUUGCCCAAUCGCUGCAGCUCACAUCUUCACCGACAACGAGGCCGCGGCCGCCGUCGCUCACGACCCGUUCGCACCUCCGGCACCCGGCACAUUCGCCUCCGCGAGCAUUUUGUCCGUGACAUGGUCAAUCGAGGUGAUAUCUCUCUCUCACCGUUGGCACAGCAGACAUGGUUGCGGACGUAUUCACCAAAGCGCUAG